UUUUUCGCGACGCUCGAGUGUGAAGAAGCCGAUAUUUUGUUCCGGAGAGUAUUGAAAUAGGAGAAAUAUGUCGCGCAAGGAAGCUUUAUCUCAAUUCAUUAAUCAAAUCCAUGGACGUCCUGUCGUGGUAAAACUUAACAGCGGUGUCGAUUACAGAGGUGUUCUUGCUUGUUUGGAUGGUUACAUGAACAUAGCUCUGGACCAAACAGAGGAAUACGUAAAUGGGCAGUUGAAGAAUAAAUACGGCGACGCUUUCAUUAGAGGCAACAACGUUCUGUAUAUUUCUACGCAAAAGAGAAGAGUGUAAUGAAAAAGGCAAUUGAAUAAAAAAAACAU